CCGGAGGCUCGCCAUGGCUUCAGUGUGGUCCGCUCCGCCUUGCAGCCCGGACGCCGCCGCGGGGCCCCAGCAGCAGCAGCACCACUAGGCGGCCCGGCCCGGCCCGGCCAUGGGGGAGAAGGCCGGCACCAGGGUCUUCAAGAAAUCCAGCCCCAACUGCAAGCUCACUGUCUACCUGGGGAAGCGGGACUUUGUGGACCACCUGGACAGAGUUGACCCUGUUGAUGGGGUUGUCCUGGUGGAUCCGGAAUACCUCAAGGAUCGGAAGGUGUUCGUGACGCUGACCUGCGCCUUCCGCUAUGGGCGUGAGGACCUCGAUGUGCUGGGCCUCUCCUUCCGCAAGGAUCUCUUCUUGGCUUCCUGGCAGGCCUUCCCGCCUGCCGAGGAAGCCCCUGAACCUCUCACCCGCUUGCAGGAACGGCUGCUGCGGAAACUGGGUGCCAAUGCCUACCCCUUCAGUUUCGUUGUUCCACAGAAUCUCCCGUGUUCAGUAACGCUGCAGCCGGGCCCUGAAGACACAGGAAAGGCUUGUGGAGUAGAUUUUGAGAUCCGGGCUUUUUGUGCCAAAAACGUAGACGAGAAGAUCCAUAAAAGGAAUUCUGUCCGCCUCGUGAUCCGCAAAGUCCAGUAUGCCCCCGAGAAGCCUGGCCCCCAGCCCAUGGCAGAGACCACCCGCCACUUCCUGAUGUCGGACCGCUCCCUGCACCUGGAGGCCUCGCUGGACAAGGAGCUGUACUACCACGGCGAGCCAAUCAGCGUCAACGUCCACGUCACCAACAAUUCUAGCAAGAGCGUCAAGAAAGUGAAAGUGUCUGUGCGGCAGUACGCAGACAUCUGCCUCUUCAGCACAGCCCAAUACAAGUGCCCAGUGGCCCAAAUCGAACUCGAUGACCAGGUGGCCGCCAGCUCCACCUUCUGCAAGGUCUACACCCUGACCCCUCUGCUCAGCAGCAACCGGGAGAAACGGGGCCUUGCCCUUGACGGGAAGCUGAAGCACGAAGACACCAACCUGGCCUCCUCCACCAUCGUCAAGGAGGGGGCCAACAAGGAAGUGCUCGGCAUCCUGGUCUCGUAUCGCGUCAAAGUGAAGCUGGUGGUGUCCCGGGGCGGGGACGUGUCCGUGGAGCUGCCCUUUGUACUCAUGCACCCCAAGCCUCCGGACCAGCCACCCCUUUUGCAACCCCAGACAGCUGUCCAAGAAACAGACGCUCCGAUUGACACCAACCUUAUUGAGUUUGAAACCAACUACGGGCAGGAUGAGGACAUCGUUUUUGAGGACUUUGCUCGCCUGCGCUUGAAGGGCCUGAAGGACGACAAGGAAGAUGAUGACCAUUUCUGCUAGGGAACUGGCUUCCCCUGCCUGGGGAUGGAUGGAGGCAGGGAGGACGCCGGCCCCCUCCCAUGAAUGUUUCUUUAUCCCCCCUCCCACUUUGUGUCUUUUGUGCUGUAUGGUGGUGGGGGGGAGACUUUUAAUGUGACUUAUUGGGGGGCAGUUUCGUGUUCAGCUUCUCCCUCCCCCUGCUGCUGUUUUCCAAAUGGAUUUUAAUGUUUAAGGACAUUCUCUCUCCCUGCCCCCCCAUGCACUGGAGUCCUUCUUGGGCAUUAUCUUCUGUCCUGCCUCUCCCUGCCCCUGUGGAUAGUUUAUUGGAGCUGCACCCAGUCGGGGCUAGUGCGUGCCUGUCUCUCCCUUCCCUGGGGCUCUGCCAGUGCCAUAUGCCCCCAGGAGGAGGAGUUCUGUGCCAGCUGCAGCCAGCCCCUCCCCUUGUUUAUCAGGUUGGCACAGGUGGCUGCCGUGUCUGUGCAAAGGAGAACAGAAUAAAAUGAAGCAAUUCUUCA